UGCAAGGAGCUUCGGAACCCCAGGUCCACACCAUGGAGCGCUGCCGGUGCUGCUGCGGGCGUUCGCGCUGGAGCUGGGGCCGCGGGGCAAGGCGACUAAGCAGCAGUUCGAUCGCCACGGUGUGGUCUUGCUUCGGCCUUGCGCUGACGCUGGCGCUGAUGGCGCCGCCCGUUGGUACGUUCAUACGGGCGCGACGCUGAUGCCGGUACGAGAUCUCCUCACAGCCGGACUGGGAGGAACAGCACUGGGCCGCGAUUAAGUCCAUGGCCGCGGGCCAGCCCAUGCCGCUGCCCACACCGCACGCCACCUCGGGCCCGAGGACCUCCAGCGCAUCGCCGCCUCGGGGCCGCGGCUGGAGGACCUGACGCUAGAGCACGCGGAGCGGCUGGCGGGGCCGGGGCAGGCCCCAUGCUCUGCCUGCUCCUCCACCUCCCCGCUGCAGGUGGCGGGCGCGCCGGACGGCGGGGCGCUGGCGUUCCGCGCUCCGUGCUGGGCGACUUAUGGGCCGAAACAAAUAAAUCAAUGAUUACGCCCUGCUGUGUGUGCGUGUGUUUGCCUCACAUGGCUGCCCGAUACGGCUCAGUCGUACUUGGUGCACACGGGCACCACCACGGGCAGAUGAUGACAUGCGAAUGUGGACAUCGCACGGCACCAGUUGUGGUUUGUACAGGCGCCACCAGGGCUACCGCAGGCCGUGUGGGACAUCGUGUGCUUGGCUGCUGUGGCGGCCCUAGGAUACGGCCGACAGCGCCUUUAGUGAUGCUGCGGACCGGACUGCGGACGUUGCUGUUUUGCAAAGGGUCGGCGUGGAGGUGAUUGCGGACUUCUGGUCGCGGCUCGCUGCGUUUGUGAGUCUGUCUCCGCGCCGCUGGGGCCUUGUCCCGAACCAGCACCCAUUCCUAGCGUCGGAUGAUGUUGGAGGGGUUAUCUUGGUGGGGCCAGCAGCAGACUCGGUAUGGUUUCACCCUAGCUUGUCAAGGCCCUGGCUUUGUCCAUGGCUGUCGUCCCACAUGUAACCGCUAUCAGCUAACAACACUACCUGCAUGUGCAUGCUCGCUCAGCCGGUCAACACCGUACGUUGCUUCCCCUGUGACUUGAUUCCCUUAGGGACACGCCCCAUGGAUCGCUUGGCGGUCCGCUAGUGUUUAAUGCAUUCCUCGUCCCAUCACCUUGGAAGAUUGAGUUUGUAAACUGGCCCCUCCUGAGUGGACGUCUGAAACUCAACACAUUGCUUGAACGUGUAGGGGGGGGUUGAGUUCGGGGAUUCUGAAGUUACUGAGUUUACAGAGGCGGGGUAAGACUGGGUGGGGACGCGGCGUUGGCGCCCAAUAUCUGCUCAUCGCGAAUACUAAAAA